UGCAGGCACAGCUGGACCAGUUCAACCAGCACCUGGCCCAGCUGAAACCUCAACUGCCCCCACAGCUCGUUCAGAUACCCCAGCUCAGCCACCAGUACUACCUCAACGUUGUGAACCACCUUAACAGACUCAAGCCUCAACAAGAUGCCUAAGCAGCAGAAUCUAUCCCUGGAGUUAGACCAACUAGUGCGGAAGGACCCCGCCCUGCUCUCGCGGACCCCCUCCCCAUCCUCUCCCGGCAGCACGCUGGAGCUUCCCAACGUUCCCAGUUACCCCCGCCUGCCUCCCAUUGGCCUUUCCAAGCAGUCAUCAGGCCUCUCUAAUCCUAGCUUCCACAGUGAGGAAAACCCCGCCCUGCCCUCCGCCCGACCCUCAGAGAGCUCCCGCUUAAGCACGCACCCCGCUGUAAACGUGGAGGAUGUGGACUCAGAUGGAGAGCUGGGAGGGGGUCCUAGCUACCUGCCUCAAGUUGUCACCCCACACAAACCCAACCUUAAAACCCUGACCGUGCCCGGCAUGAAAAUGGCGUCCCGGAGAAAAAGGCUGUACUCCGAGGAGGAUGAUGAUGAGGAAGAAGGUGAGAGAACCAUCAGGGCUUGGCGUAGCCAGAGCAGCCUCAUGAGUGCUGAUGAAAGCGCAAAGGAGCGGCCAGCCUCUGCCUUGAGCCAAACGAGCACCAUUGUCACCGAGCGGCUCCAGGAGCUGGUGAAGCUUUUCAAGGAAAGAACUGAACGCGUCAAGGAAAAACUUGUUGAUCCAGACGAUUCUGAUGAUGAGAGCCCCUCUGGCUCCCCCUCCAAGAAGCCUGCAGAGAAUCCUCCUCCUGAAGAAGAGAAGAAGGACGAGGCCCUUGGUCCAUCAGACAAGGAUUUAGAGGAACACUACUAUGAAAGGCUGUGCUGCAAAGUGAAACUGCCCUCGUGGUCCAGGAAGCUUAUGAAGUACCGGCUCCCUGAAAGCAUCGACCCCUUCACCAACCUGGUCUAUGUUCUCUGGCUCUUCUUUGUCACGAUUGCCUGGAACUGGAACAUAUGGCUGAUCCCAGUGCGCUGGGCCUUCCCAUACCAGACCCCAGACAACAUCCACCUUUGGUUGCUGGCGGACUACCUGUGUGACGCCAUCUACAUCCUGGACAUUCUGCUGUUUCAGCCUCGCCUGCAGUUUGUCCGUAGCGGAGACAUCGUGUGUGACAAAAAAGAAAUGAGGGGUAAUUACACGAAAACACUGCGUUUCAAGAUGGAUAUCGUAUCUCUCAUUCCACUGGAGUUGUUGUAUAUUAAGACUGGUUUCAAUUCACUGCUUCGUCUCCCUCGGAUUCUGAAGUUCAUGUCUUUCUUUGAGUUCAAUGACCGUCUGGAAGCCAUCUUGAGCAAAGCUUACAUCUACAGAGUCAUUCGUACUACCACCUACCUCCUCUACUCCCUGCACUGCAAUGCCUGUCUCUUCUACUGGGGCUCAGAUUACGAGGGACUUGGAUCCACUCAAUGGACAUAUGAUGGAUCGGGCAACAGUUAUAUUCGCUGCUAUUACUACGCUGUGAAGACCCUCCUCACCAUUGGGGGGGUUCCUGGACCCACCACUCUUUUUGAGACCCUCUUCCAGCUGGUCAAUUACUUUGUAGGAGUCUUUGCCUUUUCCAUAAUGAUUGGACAGAUGAGAGAUGUGGUGGGUGCGGCCACAGCGGGGAAGACCUACUACAGAGCCUGCAUGGACAACACCAUCAAGUACAUGGCCUCCUACCACAUUCCUCGUGAUGUGCAGAACCGGGUCAAGACCUGGUAUGACUACACCUGGCAGUCCCAGGGCAUGCUGGACGAGCAGGGGUUACUGGUGCAGCUGCCAGACAAGAUGAGACUCGACAUCGCCGUGGAUGUCAACUACGACAUUGUCAGCAAAGUGGCUUUGUUCCAGGGUUGUGACCGACAGAUGAUUUUUGACAUGUUAAAGCGACUCCGCUCUGUGGUGUACCUCCCAGGUGACUAUGUUUGCAAAAAGGGAGAGAUCGGAAGGGAGAUGUAUAUCAUCAAAGCUGGGGAGGUGCAAGUGGUGGGCGGGCCCGACGGGAAGACUGUGUUUGUGACGCUGAAGGCAGGCUCUGUAUUUGGAGAAAUUAGCUUGCUGGCAGUGGGAGGAGGGAACCGCCGGACGGCUAAUGUAGUGGCCCAUGGCUUCGCUAACCUGUUCAUCCUGGACAAGAAGGACCUGGCGGAGAUCCUGGUCCAUUAUCCCGAAUCCCAGAAGCUGCUGCGCAAGAAGGCCAAAAAAAUGUUAACAAAAAACAAGAAGCCGGCGGAUGAUAAAGGGGAGACAAAGGACCCCCCACAAGUGAUUCCACCCCGUCCUGAGACUCCGAAAUUAUUCAGGGCAGCUCUGGAGAUGACAGAAAAGUCUGGCAUGAAAGGGAUCUUCUCUAAACUGAAGGGCAAGACAAACACGUCCAGCACCACCCUAGAGCCGUCCAGCUCGUCCCCGAUUCCCCCUCCCUCCCCCGUGCACCGCCGCUCCCCUGUCCCACGUAAGCUCCCCCAUGACGAUGUCGACGUGGUGUCGGAAACCUCAGACUGCUCCAUGCUGAUACGGAUGACACCCAGGCACGGUGGGGAGGAGAUGCUCUCAGUGGAAGUGUGUCCUGGGGAGCAGGAAGAAGCAGGAGAUGCAGAGGAUGGAGAGGAGGGCAAGGAAGAGGAGGAACAAGGGAAGUAAAACAUGGGAGAGGAGAGAAAGGAGGAGGAGGAGGAGCGAGAGCAGUAGAACAGAGGAGAUGAAAAGGAGAGUUCAUGUCUGAGCCUGAAAGACUCACCUCUCCUGCCACUAAAUUAUAACUUAAUAACAAGACGCUAAAACCCAAAGCCUAGACGUUCGUUUCCCUCCUAUCAUUAGCUGCCGCGCCCAAAAUGACGCCGUAAUUCAAAAUAGAGAUAAUGUGUGCUUCUAUUCUGAAGCGGGUGCUGCCCCAGAACCACUGAUCUGAGUCCACAGCAGUGCAUGUGGCGGAGAGCUGUGGUCAGGCAUCCGGAGAUGAUUAAGGUCAUGCUUUCAGAAUAUUUUGUUAUAUUCUGCAUGCACUGUAUUUGCUGUCUAGUUUCAGUCAAACUCCAGGCACACUGAUCCUUUUAAUUUGUAUAUGAUUUUGCUUUUUUAGAUGAAUUAUGUGGUGUUUGUUCCAUAUGGAAUGUCCCUUGACCCAGUAGGAACACCCAAGACAGGCUAGCAGGGUUCAUUUGACAAUCAGACUAUCUUGUUGCGUUUUUUAUGUGUUGAAGUUAUAGGCUGUGAUACACAACUGGAACUUUUUUGUCUGUCAGCUGCUGAUGCUUGUGCUUUAGGGGUCAGCAGAAGACGGUGAUUAAGAACAUCUUAUCAGGGACAAGUUUAUUGUUGUUGUAUCCUUGGAAAGUGUAAAUAAAUGGAACUGAUCAGUGGCUACUCAGCUGUGUAAAUAGGCGAGAAAUUAAAUAUUUUUUUAGUUAUCUUUCGAGCUUAGCGGAGUUUUGCGUUGUGCUCGGUGCUGCUUACGUUCAAGCUUUUCUUUCUGUUCUCAGCUGAAGAGGAAAAACUUUGAAACCCUAUAAGUUCCAGGAUGAGUGGAUAUGGUGGCUUUUUAAAUUUUAGUUUUAUUUAAAAUGUAAUUUAUAAUGAUUGAAAGCCAAAGUGUAGUAAUAUUUCAUUUUAAAUGAAAAAAGUUCAUUGUUUUUUUGCAA